AUGUCUUCUAUCGCCAAUAAAGAACUUCGUGCCCUUGUUGAUGAAGCAGUCAACCACAUCGAAAACCUGCGCUACCUCCAGCAGGAGAUCAAUGGAACGGCCGAGCAUUUCUUCGUUUUCUUGAUCGUGUCAGCUCUCGACAAGAGUGCGCGCCAGGCUUGGGAAGCAACACAGAAGGGUGAGUUACCGAAUUAUCAGCAGACCAUCGACUUCCUGAAAGCCAGAUGCCAAGUUCUGGAGAACUGUGAAGCAGCAGUCCAGCCAGCCCCGUCGAAUCCAAAUCCCCAUCCACCACAAAGAAGUGUAUCACAAAGAAUCCAUACUGCAUCGACCGACCCAUCCCAACCACCAGUCUCCUGUGAAAUUUGUGGCGGUCCCCAUCGAAACGUUCAGUGUUCGGCCCUAUCCAGCCUAAUCCCAGCCCAGAAGAACGAGAAGAUCCGAGCAGCUGGAGUCUGUUUCAACUGCCUGCGCAAAGGCCAUCGCUCCAAAGACUGCCCUUCCGAUAAGACAUGCCACAAGUGUCAACGCCGACAUCACACGUUGCUCCAUGAGAAUGAAGAACCCAGCCGAGGUACGAAGCCCAACGUAUCACUUCCCACCGAGACGAUGGCGACCCCGCCACCGAUACCAGCUACAACAUCAUCGCAGAUGCCAGCACCAGUGAACCAACCGGUUUCAACAACGUGUUCCGCAAACUUCGCCCAAUCCACCAAGACUGUACUGCUGUUGACUGCGGUGGUUCAGGUCUACGACAGGAGAAAUCAAGCACAUCCAUGCCGUGUGCUGUUGGAUAGCGGUUCCCAGGUCAACUUUAUCACGGAAGAGAUGGCCAACCGUCUUGACAUCCCAAAGAAGCCAGCCAACAUCCCAAUUGUUGGCAUUAACGCCCUACGAACCCACGCUCGUGAUAAGGUGACCAUCAAGUUUCGAUCCCGUGUAUCAACGUUCCACGCCAGCCUGUAG